AUGUCAACGGACACACAGGAAUUGACAGACGCUGCCGCCGAAUGGAUGUGUCUCGUUGCUGAAUCCAUGUACCUGGAGACAUAUCCAGUCCGUCCAUUCGAAGAAGAGAUUCAAGCGGCUAAAGGGAAACUUGAUACUCUGUAUUCUACUGCUGAUUGGAGUGCAAGAGCACGGACGAAAGAAUACUUGAAUAGAACUCACCAAUUGAUGCACCGUAAGAGAAACGAUGAGAAAAAGUUCUUCGAUUUUGUGAUAAAGUUGGCGGGAGAUAAUGGAGUUUUGCUUCAAAAGUUAGAUCAGGAUGAUGCGUCAUUGGAUUCUUCAGGGGAUCCCAGGCGCAAGUAA